CCACAAGCUCUGCGACCUCUCCCUCUUCUUGUCUCUGAUUCACCAACACAAGACUUCUCAAACAAAGAGGCCUGUCAAUUUCUCGUGAAAUUCAUCGCGGCGCUCAUCACCAUGUCUCGCCAUCAUCCCGAUCUCGUCAUGUGCCGCAAGCAGGCCGGCAUCGCCAUCGGCCGCCUCUGCGAUAAGUGCGACGGCAAAUGCCCCGUAUGCGAUUCUUACGUGCGGCCCACGACCCUUGUGCGCAUCUGCGACGAGUGCAGCUUCGGCAACUACCAGAACAAGUGCGUCGUGUGCGGCGGUGAGGGCAUCUCGGAUGCCUUUUACUGCUUCGAGUGCACGCGCCUCGAGAAGGAUCGCGACGGCUGUCCGAAGAUUAUAAACCUUGGAAGUUCCAGAACAGAUUUAUUCUACCAAAAGAAAACGAAUCGUACAACGCAAUAUUAA